UAGAUGCCAGGCCUGUUUUUGAUAUGUGAAGAAUAACUCUCAGUCGUUGCCCAAGGAAACCGGUCAGGUCACCUGACAGUUCCGUGCGCGUGCACCUUGGCCAAAAGCAUGCUGAAUGAAAUGUAUGCGAUUCAAACUCGCCGCAUAUGCCUAGUCGUUGAAUAGCUCGUGGUGGUGGUGGUGGUUGUGGAUGGUGUCAGGGACCUGAGGACGGCCUGCCUGCCUCAGCACCUCAGCUUGACGCCGCUCAUGGCGUUGCCCCAGCCCAGAACUGGCAGUCGCUUACAGCUGCAACACUCGCUUUGCAGCUUUGCCCACCCAAGGCGGCAUGAGUCGCGGCAGCAGCUCCGGCGACGGGUGUCUUGGCUGACUCCACGGCGCACGCAGCUGCGCACGGCCGCAGACGUUGACGCGAGUGCACUCUUUACAGAGCUUGCGUCAGAGCACUGCGUUCCUCCCAUCAAUGUCAGUCUCGCACGGACACCAGAGGGCCUCGGCUGGGUGCUGAAUCAGAAGGCCUCCAGGCUGCAAGUGGCAACCCGCAGCAGCCGCGCGACGGGCACAGCGGCUGGCGCUCGUCGCCACGUAGACAGCGGUGCGGAAGCGCAACAUCAGCAACAGCAACAAGACUCGGAAACACAGCAGCCCACCGUUGAUCCGGAGGCACAGCAGCCCACCGUUGUCAUCCGCGUGCCGCUGCGCCUGUGCCUCAGCCACGAGGUCCCGGGCUGCUGCCCCGCCGCCCACUCCUCACGUGCGCUGGCGCCAGUGCUCAGCUGCACGGAUGAGUCCGCCGCGCCGUGGGAGGUUGUGCUUGCAGCGCUGCUGGUGUGGGCAUGGCGGCAGCCGGAGGCUGGGUCUGGCGCCGCAGGGGAGGGCGCAGGGGACGCCAGGAGUUUUGCACACUUCUGGAGGCGAUACCGUGCGCUGCUGCCAAGCGCCACACAGCAAACCAGUUUGACGUUUUGGAGGGAGGAGGAGCUGCAGCAGCUGCAGGAUGCCUCCCUGGCGUCCGAAGCGGCGGCAUGGCAGGCGACCGUGCUGUCUGCGUAUCGGCGCUUCAUCGACGCACCCGAGUUCCGCACGGAGGUGGGGCCGGGCGCUGUGACGCUGCGGGAGUGGCUGGAGGCCGUGGGCGCGGUGGAGAGCCGCGCGUUUGGGUUCAAGAGCGACGCCGACGGGCGCGAGCUGCAUGCGUACGUGCCCUUCUUCUGCCUCGCCAACUACCGGCCGGGCGCGCCCACGCUGCACGUGCUCAGGCUUGAACCGCCGCCGCCUGGGGACGCACCUGGCGAGGCGCCUGUUGGACACGUGGGCCAACGUGCGCGUGCGCAGGAGGGUGCGGAGGCUGCUGCGGGCAAUGCAGCCGGGAUCGGGGAUGCGACGGGAUCGGCUUGGCAGCCUACCGCAGACAUGGUCGCAUUGGAGUUGCCGCGUGUGCCUGAUUCAGCGACAGCAGCAGGCACCUGCGCAGAGCAGCCGCAGGUUUACAUUGACUAUGGCAAGAAGGACAGCAGGUCGUUGGUGCUGCAGUACGGCUUCGUCAUUUACGGCAACCCCUACGACCGGCUGGGCUGGGAAGGCUGCGGCCUGGACUCACAAGACCGCAUGCGGCGGGAGUGGGUGCACGAGGCGGCGGAGGCGCUGGCGCACCGGCUGGAGCAGCUGGAGCAGGCGCCAGCAGCAGGCGAGGCAGCGGAAGCGGAAGCGGAAGCGGAGGCGGCGGUGGGAGGGGCACCAGCAACGGCUGCGGCAGCAGGCGAGGCCGGAGGAGGUGCACCUCCGAGCCGUGGCCCCAGUAGACGCGCCGGCCGGGGAGAGGCAGCCAGUGAGGGCGAACUGCCGUGUGCGGGCGAGGCGGCCCUGGUGCGGGCGCAGCUGCUGGGCCCCGGCGGGGCUGCGGCGGCGCGGGUGCGGCUGCGCAGCGCCGCUGCCAGCAUCGUUGCCGCUUGCGGCUGGAGGAACUUGCGGGAGCGGCGGCUGGUCACGCAUGCCACGGAGGCGAGGGCGCUGACUGCGCUUGCAUCAUGGGCGCGGGCGAGUCUCGAGGGCUUUCCCACCUUGCUUGAGUCAGACCUGCAGCGUCUGGCAGACAUGCGGUCGGGGCCUUCCGGCAGCCCUGCGUCAACUGACAAGGCCACAGCGCUAAUGGCCCCAGCGCCAACGAGUAAGGAGCGCGCAGGUCACGGCCGUGGCGAUGGGCCUUCGGCCGGGAGUGAUGAUCCGUGUGCGCAUGUUGCAGGGGAUGCAGUGGCGGGUUGUAGGAAGCGGGAAUUUGAAGCUGCUGUCGGGGACGUGCCGGCGAGGACUGAGGUGGCGUUGCGGUACCGGGUGGAGCGUAAGCUGCUGCUGGGGGCCGCGCUGUUGUUGCUGGGCACCCUGAGAGCACAAGCAACGGCACGGGACGUGACGUAAGGACUAAGGAGGCUCCGUGCAUGGCCGGUGCACUGCUGCUAGAGCGGCAAGGCUGAGAGAGAAGGUGGCUUCGGCCUGCCUUUCCAUUCGGCGGCAUGAGGUACGGAAAGGUGGUUGGCCCCGAGAGUGCCUUUCGUCCCGAACAAAGCAAAUACAUAUUGACUUGUCAUGCCAAAGUCUUCAUAGGGCCAUCUCACCCAUUACAGACACGCUUGCGUAACUGGCUCAGUGUGCGUGAAAUCUUUCCGCGUCACCUGUCGUCGCGUUGAGACACCGCGGUGCUCAAUACUGUUUAUAACACGCACUGAAUGCUC